UUCUGGUUCUGUCCGUGUCGGUGUCGGGCUUUUUGUGAAUUGAAAUUUCAAUAAAAAAUUAAAACUAAUUAAAAGUCUCAAAUUUUGAGACGCUUCAAGACAUACUUCCUCCAUCCUCCAGGGUUUCAAAAAAUCUUGACUAUAUCGUAUUUAUUUAUCCAUCAUGGGGGACUCGUCGGAAAGCGAAGGAAGUAGCGAGAUGCGAGUAACUAGACCGAAAACGCGUGGCGCAUUGAUCUCAUUUGUGGACGAAGAUCUCGAACAAAUUGCAGAUGCUUUACGUGACCGAAGCAAAGGUCUAAAGAAAUGGCAUGCUAAACUAAAAGCCGAAUACGACGGGAAGAAAGAUGGCAAGAAAGAUUCUGACUCGGAAUUAAAAGAACCAAGAACGGACGAAGAUUACAGUGAUCGAGAUGACACCAGUAAGAAAGACGAUUGUACAUCCCUCGUAUUAAAACAGCGAAUACGAUCCAGACGACCCAAAGGUCGAUCAAUCUCUACUAUUAUUCGGAUGCGAAGAACACGGUUUCGUAAUCAACUUCCGAUUUUUACUGACCCAGAGAUAUUUCCUAUAGCCAAGUCCGACUUGGAAUACGAUGACCUAAUUUAUAGAGUUGGAGAUGUUGUAAAGCUAAGAGCCAAGACUGCCAAAGAGACUCCCUGUUACGCCCAAAUAACUGGAUUUUAUCGUGACCAAUUCUGUGGAAAAUAUGCCGCUUUGCAUUGGUUGUGCCAUUCGCAACCUGGAAAACCUCUUCUUAACGUUAUGAAUGAUUUUGACCCAUCAUAUUUUAUUCAAGGUCAAAUUCAUCACAAACCCGUGGCAAUGGAUAGGCUAAUAUUUGUCAAAAGAAUAGACCCGGCAUUAAUUCAGGACAAUCCACAUAAUCAGAGAAUGCUUUUAAUGAGAGAUGGUACAAAGGAAUACAUGGACGGUGUUUCAAGCACCAUUUCCUCUCUUGAAGGCAUUUCAAGGAUUUAACAAACGAUUUUAUUUAUAAAUCUCACUAUUGAUAUCUGUACAACUAGUUACGUACACCCACUUUUUAAUUAAAAUACUGUGGUAAAUAAUAAUUUUUAUUUAUGUAAUUAAUUCACUGGUAAAUUAAUGUGAAGUAAAUGAGUGUUGAUUGAUUAAUUGUCAUUAUCACAGCGAAGGAACGAA